AUGGCUACUGUCGACAUCCUCAUCAUCGGCGCAGGACCAACUGGUCUUUGCGCCGCCAAGACACUUCUUCAACGGGAUCCCUCGUGUGACAUUUUGCUCGUCGAUGGACGCGCCACAGUCGGCGGUGUUUGGUCCAAGGAUCAAAUUUACCCAAACCUGAAGACCAACAACUUCACCACAGCCAUUGACUUUUCUGAUUUCCCGAUGGACUUGGAGCGCUUUGGAUUGAAGCCGAAGCAACAUGUCCCUGGUGCAGUCAUGCACGAGUACCUCGUCUCGUAUGCCAAACACUUUGGCGUAUGGGAUAAGAUCCAGCUUAACACCAAUGUCAUCCGCAUCACACGGCCCGAGGAGAACGGAAAGUGGUUUGCCGAUGUAGAGGAGAAUGGCGAGGCAAAGACAAUCUCGUGUUACCGUCUUAUCGUCGCGACGGGCGUGCUCACCGUCCCCCAUAUGCCCGACAUCAAGGGGUCUGAAAGCUUCGGCGCGCCAAUUAUCCACUCCUCAGAUCUGGGACCCAGGAAAGAGCUCUUUUCGUCCCCCGACGUGACGUCGAUCGCAGUUUUGGGCGGGAGCAAGUCCGCGUACGAUGCGGUCCAUCUCGCUGCGUCAACGGGUCACAAGGUCCGCUGGGUGAUCCGUCGGUCGGGGCGGGGCCCCGUGUGGGUCGCACCGGGAUUCACGCAGCUUGGCCCGUUUAAGGUCUGGCGAGAGCGGCUGGUGACGAGACGCAUUUGCGCGUUCAUGUCGCCCUGCGUGUUCCCUGAUCUGUCGGGUUUGGCAUGGAUUCGACAGUUCCUGCACGAGAAUGCCCUCGGCAGAGUCAUCUCCAAGACAUUCUGGGCGCUGAUCCGUCAUGAUACGAUCAACGACUGUGGGUAUCAGAACCAUGAAAAGACCAAGAUCCUACAGCCCGAGCAGAACCAGUUUUGGUACGGCACGGCUUCAGGCAUUCUCAGUUUCGACGAUGACUUUUUUGAGUAUAUUCGCAACGGUCAGGUGGAGAUCUACCGUGAAGACUUAGACCACCUCUCUGAUCACACUGUUCAUCUUUCCGACGGCACAUCUUUCCCCAUUGAUCUCAUCGUUGCUUCCACCGGUUUCUCUGCUAAGCCAACCAUCAACUUCGAGCCCGCUUCUCUGCAUUUUGAACUUGGUGUCCCCACUACGGAGUUGGGCCCCGAGCAGGAUGCGUUCUGGAACGAGGCGAAUGCCAAAGCUGACCAGGCCAUUGGUGAUCGCUUCCCACGUCUGUUAGAUGGUCCCUUCCUCAACCCUACUUCAUCAAAGCCGAAGGCUUUUAACCCUGGUUCCUCGGUUGAGGUCUCGUAUACCCCCUGGCGUCUAUACCGUGGCAUGGCACCUCCAGGUCUCUUAGCGAAAGAUGACCGCUCACUCAUUUUCCUCGGUGUUUUCAGCAACCUGGCUAACAUUAUGCGUCUGGAAGUCCAAUGUCUUUGGGCCCUGGCUUACUUUGAGGGCAAGAUUCCCAUCGUCGACAGGAACAUCCGAGCUGGCAAGAUCCACGAGGAGACAGCGCUGAUGCAGAGAUGGGCCCAGCACCGCUCCCCCUACGGACAUGGACGUUUCUAUACCGAUAUUGUGUUUGACCAACUUCCGUACUGGGAUAUGUUACUUGGAGAGGUUGGCGUACAGACACAGAGGAAACCAAGCAAGUGGGCGGAACUGUGGGAGUCCUAUACGCCUUUGGAUUACCGUGGAAUGGUAAAGGAAUGGAUCGACCAGAACCCACGCAAGUAA